AUGCUCCACCACCGGGCCCGCCACCAGGCUAUGCUGCUCGCAAUCCCGCCGCCUCGCAAGGUCAAUCGCAGCCGCACGUAUCGUGGGGAGAAACGAACAGGAGCAGGGCAGCCUCCAUCUAGCUACGAGCCGCCACCUGAGUACCAACCACCUCCCGGCCCUCCACCCGGUCACUCGGACGAGAAGAAAGCUCCACCUGAUGAUGACUAUGCUCCGCCUCCCGGUCCACCACCGUCGCAUCAAGCUUCAAAUGAGCCCGAACCGCCUCCCUACGAUCCAUGGAUGGCGGUCCCAGAUAACGCCCUCCUACCACCACCACCUUCCAUCCACGAAGAGCGCAGCCCAGCGUCCAACGCAUCAUGGGACGACGCAGCUCGCGCCCGCGACUGGUGUCACCGCAACCCCCUCUGGCAACCUCGCCGGCAGAACCAACAAACCCUCUCCCGCAUCGCUGCUGGUGACGUGCACCUCACCAUCCCGCCUAAUACCAGGAACAUACAGAUCUCUUCCUCCGGCAUUGGCCGCACUCGUGCCCGCAGCAGCCCGAAAUGCACAGACACGAUGCUCCUGACCGACAUCCCACUAUACCCAGCCACAACCGGCCGACCACGCACAGUCUACUUCGAACUCCACAUCCUCUCAAUGGGCGGGCAUGGCACCUCGCGCAACGAAGAAGCCGACGCUUCGAUUGCAAUUGGCUUCGUCGCACCGCCGUACCCUUCCUGGAGACAGCCGGGCUGGCAUCGCGCAUCCCUUGGCGUGCAUGGCGAUGACGGACGUCGCUUUGUCGAUGACAGCUUUGGAGGGCAGGACUUCGUCGGUGCAUUUCGCAAGCACGACACUGUCGGUAUCGGGAUGUCGUUCUCGCCGCCGAGCCAUUGGUCGGCGAAAAACAAGGUUGAGGUGUUCUUCACGAGGAAUGGGAAGAAAGAGGAUGGAUGGAAUUUGCAUGAAGAGAGAGAUCGGGAUCAAGAUGGCGGGGACGUGUUCGGGCUGGAAGGGGAUUAUGACCUGCUGGGUGCCGUGGGAUGUUUUGGAGGCGUGGAGUUUGAAGUGAGGUGCAGGAGGGAGGAUUGGAUGUUCCAGCCAUCGAUGUGA